AAAAGAGUCAACAUCUUACCCUUGAUUUACUGAAGCAGCUGAAGCAGAUCAAGUCGCUCUUCCUCACAAACAGGCCUCACCUAAGGGUUCCACUGUAUGCAGCAGCCACAAACAAGCCAGGGAUGCCAGGGUAGACUGCCAGGAUGUCCAUUACAAGGUCAAAAAUUGAUUGGAAAAAGAAGCAACAUUACUUAACAUGGAGACUGCCGUGUUCAACUGCUGGCUCCUUUUUCUGCUGUUCAGCCCAACUGUUCCUAUGUGUUUACCCACUGACUUCACCCUGUACGUGGAGAAGCCAGAGUGUGACUUCUGCGUGGCGAUCAACACUACCAUCUGCAUGGGAUUUUGCUACUCAAGGGACAGCAACAUGAGGGAUAUACUCGGCCCACGCUUCCUUAUCCAGAGAGGCUGUACCUAUGACAAGGUGGAGUACCAUACAGCCAUACUGCCCGGCUGUCCCAUAGACUCCGACCCUGUCUUCACCUACCCUGUGGCUCUCAGCUGCCACUGUGGUGCCUGCAGGACUGACAGCGAUGAGUGCGCACACAGAGGCAGCGUGGACAGAGCUAAGUGCACCAAACCAGUUAGACGUAUCUACCCAUACCCUGGCCAGAGCAACUACAUGAUCCCUUUCUGAUUGUUCUGUUUUUGUUCUCAUCAUGUCUUUUAUCAUUACAAGUUCUGAGCUUUUAAGAAAAAAAAAAACAAACGUCAUCUUUUAGCUUGUGAUGGGUACAGUGAUAUCUGUACUGCUCGUACAGUUACCUAUUGUUCCAGCCUGUUUUAUUGUGCCUUUGUUGCCCAACAUGUCUGUGCUGCAGCUCUGCUUCUCAGUUUACAAUGGGGGUUUAUCCUGGUGCGUAUUUCUGACAGCGUCAUUAUUCAUCCUCUUGUACACUUGUGUGUGUGUGUGACUCCCAGACUUAUUAUCUUUACUCUGAAAGGGAUACUCUGAA